ACCUUUGAACAUAUCCUGACUACAGCUUAUUUACAAAUAAUUCAGUACACAAUGACUAUGACAUUUGCUGUUCAUAAAAAAAACAUAUCAUAAGUCUUAAGUAUUCGUUGAGACGUCUAAUUCUAAAGAACUGGCUGUAGGGCAUCUAAACCAGGCAAAUUUAGGAUCAGUUUGAGCAAGAUCGAGAGUCUUUCAGAGAAGUAGACCUACUACUAGUGUAGUCUUAUAGACCUACUACUAGUGUAGUCUUAUAGACCUACUACUAGUGCAGUCUAAUAGACCUACUACUAGUGUUGUCUAAUAGACCUAGUGUAGUCUAAUAGACCUACUACAAGUGUUGUCUAAGUCUGUAGAUCUACGUCGAUUGGGUGUUUCUCUUUAAAACAAUUUGGGAGCUUCUAGGCAAGCUAAGGCGCUAAGCCAUAGCUUUUGCUGCCUGUAGGGACUUAAAGAAUCUAGAAAGAACUUUGGAGAGACAGGGAAGAGAUUGAAGACAAAUGUCACUUAGUUAUAAAGAAAUGAAUAUCAAUUAUGAAUGUUCUAUAAAAAGUUUAAGCAGCAGUAAUCGCUUUUACUAUGAAGUGACGGUGUUAAAUCAGAGUACAGUAGAACUUCGUUGCUUUCUGAAUUUUCAUCAACUCUCUGGCAAUAACUUCAGACACUGUCUGCCCAAUGGUCGCUGGUCAGGAGAGGAACCAGUUUGUGAAGUGGAUUAUUACAAGGAAAGAUUUCGACUCAGUUUAUUCAUCACUUUGGUCACAAUGUUUAUUGUUAUUUGCUUUCUAAUGGUGGACUUCAGUCGACAUCUCUAUAGAAGAGUGAGAGUCAAAGAGAACAAAAGAGUGAGCCAGUCCUUCUAUUUAAAACGAAGAUAUCAACACUUCCUAGCGCCAAGACGAUUAGCUAACUACAGUGUAGCAGUCCGAGAUCUGUGUAUGUUGGAUGAACGCCUGGAGAUAUUUAAAAGUGUAUCAGCAGCCACUUUUGCCGUUGACUUUGGCGCUAAUUCGUUCAAAGCCAAUCAAGUGACGCCACGUUAUGCCAGAGCAGACUCGACUAGUAGCCCUAGUACUAACACGAAUUUUCAACGAGGAAUGUUUCUGUUCCGGAUGAAAAAUAAACCAUUUUCAAUGCAAGAUCCAACGUACGACGAUCAGUGACACAAGGCUGGAAUGUUUGUGUUGCUGAGACUGAAGUGACCACUGCUAGAAUAGACGGGACUGACUUGACACAUUAGUGUUAUACUUACUUGACCUAGUAUCUGUAGAGAUAUCUAUUGUUUUAUACUUACUUGACCUAGUAUCUGUAAAGAUAUCUAUUGUUUUAUACUUACUUGACCUAGUAUCUGUAGAGAUAUCUAUUGUUUUAUACUUACUUGACCUAGUAUCUGUAGAGAUAUCUACUGUUUUAUACUUACUUGACCAAGUAUCUGUAGAGAUAUCUAUUGUUUUAUACUUACUUGACCUAGUAUCUGUAGAGAUAUCUACUGUUUUAUACUUACUUGACCUACUACUAUCUGUAGAGAUAUCUACUGUUUUAUACUUACUUGACCUAGUAUCUGUAGAGAUAUCUACUGUUUUAUACUUACUUGACCUACUAUCUGUAGAGAUAUCUAUUGUUUUAUACUUAUUGACCUAGUAUCUGUAGAGGUAUCUACUGUUUUAUACUUACUUGACGUAGUAUCUGUAGAGAUUUCUAUUGUUUUAUACUUACUUGACCUAGUAUCUGUAGAGAUUUCUAUUGUUUUAUACUUACUUGACCUAGUAUUUGUUUAUUGUGUUAGAUAAAGAUGUAUUUACGUCUGUUAAUUAGUGUUGAAUAAAUGAUCAUUACAAUU